AUGGCGGCUGCGGCGCCUGGCCGCCGGCCCUGGGGCUCGCUCCUCGGGCUGCUCGGGCUGCUUGGGCUGGCCUCGACCGCCUCCUGGGACCUGGCUUCGCUGCGCUGCAACUUCGGCGCCUUCUGUGAAUGCGACUUCCGGCCCGACUUGCCGGGUGAGGAGCCGGGGAGCCCGGAGCGGAGGGGCAGGCGGACAGGAGAGCGCUCGGAGCCCGGCUUGCCGGGCCGGAGACCGCCUGGUGGGGACCCGGCCCCCACCAAGCCGCUGGUCCUCUCCCUGCACGGCUGGACCGGCACCGGCAAGUCCUACGUCAGCUCCCUGCUGGCGCACUACCUCUUCCGGGGCGGCCUCCGGAGCCCCUACGUGCACCACUUUUCCCCAGUCAUCCACUUCCCUCACCCCAGUCACAUCGAGCGCUACAAGAAGGAUCUUAAGAGCUGGGUCCAGGGGAACCUCACUGCCUGCGGCCGCUCCCUUUUCCUCUUCGAUGAGAUGGACAAGCUGCCCCCAGGCCUGAUGGAGGUCCUGCGACCUUUCCUGGGCUCCUCAUGGGUUGUGUAUGGGACCAACUAUCGCAAAGCCAUCUUCAUCUUCAUCAGCAACACUGGUGGCGAGCAGAUCAACCAGGUGGCAUUGGAGGCGUGGCGCAGCCGCCGGGACCGUGAGGAGAUCCGCCUGCAGGAGCUGGAGCCGGUCAUUUCCCGGGCUGUGCUGGACAACCCGCACCAUGGCUUCUGGCACUCGGGCAUCAUGGAGGAGCACCUCCUGGACACUGUGGUGCCCUUCCUCCCACUCCAGCGACACCACGUACGGCACUGUGUGCUAAACGAGUUGGCUCAGCUGGGCCUGGAGCCAAGGGACGAGGUUGUCCAGGCUGUGCUGGACAGCACCACCUUCUUCCCUGAGGACGAACAGCUCUUCUCCUCCAAUGGCUGCAAGACCGUCACUGCCCGAAUCGCUUUCUUUCUCUGACUCCCAGGUGGCAUCCUUGCCUUUCUCUACCUGGCUGGGCCAUGCAGGAAAGGCCUGGGGCCUCUGUCAGAGGGACCCUUGUCCUGAGCCUCCUGGAGAGUGGGACUCAGAGCACAAAGUGAAGAUGAAGAGAGUGUUGGCCAGGACAUGGGACAGGGGGCCAGGAAGGGCCCUGACCUCUUGACUGGUUUGAGAGCAUCUUGGUCCUUGCUGCCUUCCCCAGGGAAACCCCUGGCCACCCCAGAACCUUACUGAGCCUUGACCUCCCCCUCCAGCCUGAGCCUUCUUAACAUGAAUUGUAACUCAGGGACUGUGGCUCGUGGCUGCUCCCUCCCACCUUGGUCUGUUACCUCGCCCCUUGCUCUGGCACGCUCCCCCACUCUCCACCCCCCACCCUGUGUCCCAGUAUCACAAAGCCAAGCCGGGACUUCUCAGUUUCCAUGAAUGGAGGGACUCAAGUUGCCACUGGGCCUGGUUAUAGAAGUUUUUAAUUUUGUAAAA